CAAUCCGCUGCUUAAAGACGACGUGUUGGACGCAUGAAAGAGGAUAGUUGUGCUCGAGUGCGCCAUUUUGUCAUCGCAAAAGUAAUGCUAGUUCGUGGUACUAGUCGCCAUUGCGCGACCAUGCGACAGACAGGCCGUGUCGUCGUGGGUUUGCGCUUCGGUGUCCGAUUCGAAAGAUUCUUCCUCGAUGAUUAGAACACAAUAGUACAAGUAGCAGACGCAGCAAUGCGUUCGAUUCGAGAUUUGUGCUAGUGACGAGUGUGUGUGUGUGUGUGUGUGCAUGUUUCCCCCCUCUUUUGCGAUGUUAUCCAGCGACAGAUGUGUCCCGAAUUUGGGAUUUGUGUUGCAUCCAACAGCAGGUGCUGCUUUUACCGUGCGUCAUGUACACGCUUGUAGGUUACUAAACAGUGCAGUGUUGUUCAUUAUCCUUCCCCCUUUGAAGCAAAACACAUGCAAUCGUUCGUGGUGCAAUCGCCAAAAGCAAAACAGAUAAUUUAUGCAUGCGGCAAACAUCGAAAGAUCGCGAGUGAGAACAAGCCCUGCCCGAUGGCUGGACGAGUGCUUUGCGACUGAUACACGGCGUUCUUCAUCAACCGAGCACGGCACGCAACGCAUCACCCAGAAGCGCGUCAAAAAUUAUUGUGCAAAAUUAGCUCCAAAUUGCGGGCCUAUCCCGUAACGGUCAAUCAGUUACCGUUACAUCCGAUCCGACAGUGACAGUGGUGUGGUGGGCCCGUGCUGGACUUGGUGUGCAUCGCAGUGCUGGGUGUUGCAGUGGUGGCGGUGGCAGUGGCAACAACGACUGGAGCAGCAGUGAACAUGAUAAGACAAAAGUCGGAAGACUGGGAUGGCCCAGGGCCGAGUGGGAAUGGUGGCGGCGGUGAGGGUCUCACAUCGCCUGGGAUGAAGCGCAAGAACGAGUCCACCUUUCGCCAGCUACAGAACGACGUGAUGGGUAAGGCUCGCUCGACAUUAAGCACUCUCGGCGACGUGUGGAAGACGAGCAAAAACACGCUGUCCGGCAGUGGAGGAGCAGCAUCCAGCGGUGGUGGUGGUGGUGGACAAAUGCUGGAACAGUACCACGACACUGGUGGUGGGGAUGGUGGCUAUGAUGGAGGCGGUGGGGAUAUGCAAGGCGGAGUCGAGGCACAGUUCUCCACGCCUCCCCGAAGUCCCAAAUCGGCAAAAGACAAAAGCUCGCUUGACUUCUUCCUGUGGCCGAAGGGUAAAAGCAAAGAUGGAUCGUCCAAGAGCAGCCAGAAGAAGGAUAAAUCGUCCAAAAAUCAACCGCCAACGCCGGGGUACGGUGGUGGCGGAGAGUACGAACCAUCGAGCAGUUCGAAAGCGCGAGGCACCAAAGAACCGUCGGGGACGGGAACGAUUCGCAAGCCGGGCCCGGGGCCAGGUUCUGGCCAGGCACGGGGAGGACCACCGAACCACCAUCAGCAGCAGCAACAGCCCGUCACUUCCAGCACCCAACAUUACCAACACUCGUCUAGGGCGAUGAAGUAUCGCUACGACUAUCCCGACAGUGCCGACCAAGACUUUCGGCAGCGAUCGCUAGAUGAAACGAGCGAGUACAGUCGAUCGAUGGAGGACAACAUGACGUAUGUGGGUCGUGACGAACAGCAGGGAGGGGGCUCCGAUCGGUACGGCGAUUACUACUCCUCCGACAGUAAGGGACGACCAAAGUCUUACAACGAAAAGUACUCGUCGCAGUACUACGACUAUUCUCCAGGCUACGAUCACCACCAUCAAUCUUCCUCACGAUCACACCAACGAUCUCAUCAGCGGAACGAGCGGUUCGAGUACGACGACCAGGACGACCAAGACGAUCUCGGUAUGCCCGGACAGGGAGCGAACGUCAGCUCUACCAACGCUAGUCAAUCGAACUUACGCAAAUCUACCGGUGCCGGGGGAACGGGUGGGUCCUCUAACACGUCCUCCAAUGCCGCCGCUUCCCCGCCCGUCCAGAAGCACAUCCUAUUCAACGAAGAAAACGACAUCCUUUACUUCAAAGAGAACCAGCGUCCGUCCAAAACAAAGUCCCUGAACGAUCAUCAAAGCCGUGGGGUGGAUAAGCAGCAGCAGCAUCAGCAUUCGGGCACGCGUGGACCCUCCAAGUCGGCGUCAUAUCCCAAAGAUGGACAUCACCAUCAUCAUCAUCAGCAACAGCAGCAGCAGCAACAACAGCAACUAUCACCGAAUCAAUCUCUCCAGCAAGCUCCCUCUGCCCUGCGUAAAGUGUCCCGCGACGAACGACAACAACAGCAGCAGCAGCAGCAGCAACAACAACAAGCUCCUCAACAGCGAUCAGCACCGACAACUCCCUCUUCCAACAACGAACCUAACAUCAUACGAGCGACGCUCAAGCUGGAAAAGCUUUCCAGCACUGGCGCACCGCUUGGAAGUUCCGAACAGCAGCAGCAGCAGCAAACGGAUUCACCAAAGCCUAAGGGAAUUCAGAAGCAGUUCAGCACGAUUGUUAACAUGCCCCGGGGUAUGAGCAAUACUUUGCCACGUGGUGGCGGUGCCCUCGAGUACGGACAGUCCAAGCCGGACAGUCGCACCGGUACAAUCCCGGAGGAGCCGUCGAUCGGCGGCGGUGGUGGUGGUGGUGAUGGUGAAAAGCGCACCACCGGACGGAAGAUUUGCUUCCAGGAUGAGCCGGUGAAUGCGUCCGACCGGGUCAAGUGUCAAACGUUGCCCCGCAGUGCGGUCCGCAGCUCCGUACGGUCGUCGACGAUCAAGUCCACCACCGAACCGAACAUCGAUCCCAGUGUGAACGAGUACUUGGACACGGAUAUGACUUUACCGCGCAGCGGGAGUCUUGAUUCGGACCUAGAGUCACAAGCCAUGCGGAUUGUUCGAACCGUUGGCCAAGCAUUCGAAGUGUGCCACAAGCUGACCAUACAGGACAGCGGAGACAACCUCGGCGACGAUCACUCGGAGCUGUGCGAUGUCUCGGAACAGGAUCGGUGCUCGGAUCGUAUCAGCGAAGACGACGAAAUCAAAAAAGAUCCGGCGAUAGCGGCACACCACAGCGAUUCGCCCCGUUUGACCCGUCCGGACCAUCUGGAGCUGGCCCUGCUGCAGGCCCCGGCCUCACCGUCGUCACCGGCCGCCACCAGCAGCACCAGUCUGCAGCGAUCGUCCACAGCACAGGAAAAGGAACCGCCCGAAGUGGGAUCAUCAUCGUUGGCCAAAUCUUCCCCACUGUCGGCAUCGCGCGAAAUGACGAACCUGCGGGACCAGCUCGACCAGCAGCAGCAGCAAACGCGCCAAGUGCUGGCCCAGCUGAUGCUCGUCCGUGAGCAGCUAAUCUCGGAAACGAAUGCCCGCAUGGAAGCCCAGGCACGUAUCCAGCAGCUGCUGCAGCAAAAUCGUGAGCUAUUAGAGCACAUUGCAUCCCUCGGUGGCUAUCACGAACCGGACCGACCGGGACUGUCCGCAACCGCCAUCGGUAUCGCACCUCAGUUUUCCUUCCUGCAACAGCAGCAACAGCAACAACAGCAGCAACAGCAGCAACAGCAGCAGCAGCAGCAGCAACAGCAGCAACAGUUGACCGAACUGCUCAAUCUCGGGGCAGCCGGGCUAAACUUUACGCCCGCCCUGCAGCAGCUGCACAAGCUGCAGUCACUGGCCGGUUUGGUAGCGCCCACCGCGGCACCCACCAGCCCACUGGCCGCCCAGCAGGAGCUGUACAAGCUGAACCAAUCGCUGCUAACCCAACUGUCCGGUGGCACUUUCCCCGGCGCGUUCUAUCCCGGUGCCAUUCCGACCAGCAUCGCCCCAACGCAGCCGCAGGGUGUGACGGCGGGCGGAGUAGCCGCAGGCGUGCCAAACUUCAUGUUCACAAACCCGAGCGCGGCCGGCUUCGGGACCGGGUUGGCCGGUGGCUCCACCAGCAAACCACCGUCCGCUGACAGUUCGAGCAAAAACUCACCGACGGCAACGUCUUCCGGCUCGAGCCGGCUUAUCGGUGGUGGGGCAGGCUUCCUGACCGACACUGGCCAACGCUCGAACCGCCCGUCCUAUGCGUCUUCCACGUCCACGCUGUUCGACGAGCUCCGGUUAGCGCGCAGCCUCGAGAAGGGCAUGGAAUCGCUCCGCACGGACGACGAUGGGACGAGCCCGUUCAUCAAGCCACUGUCGCAAGUCGGCACACUCACCACAAUCGAUCCGGACGGCAAGGUGAAGGUGGUGGUACCGAUUAAUCCCAACGAGCAGCAAACGACAAGUCAGUCGACACAGCAGCAGCAGCACCACCACCAACAGCAGCACCAGCAACAGUUAGACAUUCCGGCGGUCGGACCCAGCCGGAAGUCGGCCUCCUUCUCCGAGCUGCCGACCAGCGGCGGUGCGAGUGGCAGCUCGGGCACGAGCGGCACGGCCAGCCGGGAGGGCAGCGCCCGGAACGUUUCGAUCCUGAAGGACAGCACGCGCAGCAAGACAUCCAUUCCCAGUCUGGUCACGCUCAAGGUGACGGACGAGAGCGGCACCACCGUCACGAGGAAGCUGCCGGCGACCCCGAGCUUCAUCACGCGCAGCACCAGCGAGAAGGUGCCAAACCGCAGCCAGAUCAUGAGCCAGGUCCAGCGCACUCAGUGGGCCCGGCACACCACCAAAUAGUGACCAAGGCGACGAAGGCGGUGACAACGGCGGGUGCAUGCGGACUCGGACCACAAUUUCUCGUUACAAUAUCCUCCCUCUCUUCAUCUCUCUCUCUUUCUCUAUGUAUCUAGUCGGUUUUCUAACCUAAAUAGCGUGUAAUUAUGUCGAAAGACACACCACCCGCAAGACCAUCAAUGACAGACUGGGUUCAGGUUUUUCGGGUCGGGACGGUCUCGGAACGUCGUUUCCAUCCAUCGCACUCGGUAGGAGAACGCAUUACCGUGUGGCGGCGAAACAAGCGACGAAGGAAGAAGAACUGUAAAUAUUAGCAACAAUUUCAAAUUGAACGCUCAUGAUGACACAAUAACGGUGAUGGUAACGAUGAUUAGCAAAUAAAGGUUCAAAGUUAAGUUAACAACAACAACAAAAAGAA